AUGGGUGUUGAUUCGAAGAAGGCACCUGCACCACCACUCCCAGCCCCCACCGAGACCGAGUCCACGAACACAACGCCCACGGAACUGGCGACUGAGCUCGCUACCGAUGUGUCCAAGCCCGCCGACGAGAAGUCUUCGUACUCGCUCCCCGAGGACGGCACGCCCGUCACAAUCAAGACCCGUGGCCACAAAUCCAAUCGCUCCCAGACCUCGCUGCUGAUCGAAUACUUCGAAGGUGGCAAGCCCAGCGCCGCAGGCGGCUCUAGCGGUGAACGGAAGCCUAGCGUGCGGGUUCGUCUGACGCCGUCUAAACAUCGCAAGGACGACCGCAUCCAGAUCACAGAGACCAAGUCGUCGAGUGGGCGCAAAGCAUCGCUGACACGGCGACAAACGCCGUUGACCCCGACGGCCCUCAAAGCUGAGUCCGAGUCGCUAUCCGCACUGAGUGGUGAAGGCGACGCAGACGCAAAGAGCAUGAGCUCGUACGCAUCUGCAACAGAAGAGUCCAAUGUGUCCCGUAAUCCAAUCGAAGUAGAAAUCGACCGCCGUGGUCACCGUCGUCGGCGACCCGCUAGCCCUCUGAUUCCUGCCGCUGACAGCAGCAAGGCAUCGUAUCAGCCAGGCAACAUGUCUGACAUCUCAGCCAUCCCUACAGACAGCUUUCUAGACGGAUCAGGUCCUUCUACUAAAUUAGGAGAAGGACGGCGCAGUAAGAGCCCGUCGCGUGGUGGGGAUCUUCUUGCGGGAGCUGCCGCGGGUCUAGCCACUGCCGCUGUGGCUGACAAGAUGCGCGACAAGAGCCGCUCACGGGAGAAGGAUAGAGUAGUUGUCAACAAAUCAAGGGAUAAAGACAAGUCGGACAGGAAACAUAAAUCAAAGAGCCGCACGAGCAGCAUCAGCGAGCAAUAUACGGAGGGAACUAAAUCGCCGCGCAGACGGUCAAGCAAAGGAAAUCAGGAAUCUGUUGUCUCAGCAGCUGACUCAAGCGUGCUAUCAUCGGCUGUGUCGCCAAGUCAUCGGUCCUAUGACCAGCAUUCCAUCCGCUCAGGAGCCUCCAAAUCAUCAAUCAACAACCCGAAAUUGCUCGAGACCGUCGAGGAUGCUAUUCGACGACUAAUCCUCCCGGAGCUAAAUGCGCUGAAGCGGGAGCAAAGCAAACACAAAGAUCGCCGAGGCUCGGUGACUUCUAGUGGAACAUCAGUCUCGCGAGAGGACUAUGCUAGCGAUCGCCGCCAACCUGAAGAUGAUCGAUCGAUUGAAAAAUCAAGAUAUAGCCUCAAAUCCAAGGAUAAAAGGGACAGAGAGGCUCGACAUGAACUAUUUGAGAGUCCAGCACCCAGCCUCGGUCAUGAAUCUUAUGAGGAAUCUCUCCAUGAGGUCGACCAAACACCAGCGCGAAGCCAUGACAAGCUCAAGGCUGCUGCCGCCGGCGCAGCGCUUGGUGGUCUGGCUGCUACUGCCUUGAAUGAGAAAUCACCCGCGGGCGCGAGAGAGCAACGUCGUCGCCGCAGAGCUGAGUUGAAGGGGCGUGGCUACUCAGAGGAGUUCGAAGACUCAGAAUAUCAUGAGCCUGCUCCUCCAAUGCCGCUCAUGAGUGAGAUCAACCCCUCGGAAGUUACGAGGACGUCCAUUCUUUCUGCAGAGACUGAUCGCCCUCACUCUGCAAGCGAAGAGCUUACCCCAGUUCAAGAGGUUUCCAGGGGCACGCUAUCUGUGGACUCGAACAGUCCGACUCCAACAAGAACUCCAAUAACUCUUCAAACUGGCUUGGGGACACAACAUGCAAACAUUUCACAUGGCGAUCUCAAGGCUCUUCCUCGAAGAAGAACGGGCGAUUACGCCGAGGAGAAUUACGAAGUACACGAGUACGGAGAGCCGUCGGGAUUCCAUCCUCCAGAGGAGUAUGAUGAAGACGAAUAUGAUGAGCCAGUGGCAGCGCAAUAUGGAGAUUACUAUAACACCCAAGAUGUCCCACCACCACUGAAGUACACUCCGUAUCAACCAGAACGUCGCGGACUCAGCCCUAUUCCAAGCGUUUCUGGAUACACAGAAGGCGGCAGUGAGCCUCCCAACCGCGACUCCAGGCUUACACAGACGGGGUCGUUCUCGUCGCCUGAAAAGUCACCUCACCAUGACUUAGGCCGGCAAUCACCGAGCUCAGUUCCGAGCAAUAUGCGCAGCCGCGAAUUCGACCAGGACGAUCGCAGCUUGCGAAGCUCCGGUGUAGACUAUAGGAAUUCUGCCUUUACUGAAGGCAGCGAAUUGGACCAAACCGCUUCUGAGCAGGCUGUUCGCACUGUUGGAACCAACCCGAACCUCGUCAUCCCCCCAAUUGGAGUCGAGUCACAUGUUGCAUCACUUGUAGAUGGUUCAAUGCUUGAUGAGUCUGUCUUAACUGGAGAGUCUGGUUAUGGUGGCCAUCAAUAUGGUCAUCGUGGGUCGAUGGCGACUCUUGAUGAAGAGCGCUCCCAUGGAAACCAUACGCCUUCUCAGCGCUCGUACGAUAGCCAGAGACAUUACGCCGAGGAACGCGACAUCUCUCCUAUGUCUGCAGAGCACCAGAGAUCUCGAGAAUUCGAGGAAUAUGAUCUCGAUGAGGCUGGACACAAAGUUCCUAGGUCAACAAGGAGAUACCAGGAGUCGCCAACGUCCUCAGAAGCCGCUAUCACCGGCGCUGCUGCAUUGGCUGCUGCUGCUGCUCUCAAGGCAGCAAAGGACAGAGGCAAGCAAAGAUCUGUGGAGGAACAGGAAUGGAUUGGCGAAGGAGUUCAACGAAACAAAUCCUUCAAAGACCGCACUAAAGACGGUCACCUUCCCGCAAAUACGCCAACGCACAGUGUUGACCGCCUGGUCGAUGAGUACGAACAUCCAAAGGUUGGGCAUAGUGGUCUGCCGGAUGUGAAUGAUCCCAUGCCCGAGAUAGGGUUUGGUUAUGAUGAUGAUUUGGAGACCAACCCCUCCGUUGUGGGCCAGCGUUUGGACACUUCUUAUAAUGACAAGGAUCAUUGGCACGAAGAACAGACGCCAACCCAAGAGCGCUUUGCUGAUUAUGAGCCUGAGCAGCUUGAGGUCCAGCAGAAGGGAAAUGGUCACGGCAUUGGACCCAUGGAAGCUGCUGGAGCUGCAGCAGUUGCCACGGCGGCUGCUCUAGCAUCCGCACAUCACAGCCGUCAACCGAGUCAGGAGCAUGAUGAAGACUGGCAUCGGACUUCAGAUGACCGCAAGAGAGAUACCCUUAUCACCAAUCCCUACGAAGGCGCCAGUCCGAUUGUCAACCUUCCUGGAUUGAACGAUAUUCCUAUGGGUGGAGCAGCUGAAUUCGGUAGCAAUCCCUAUGUCGCAGACUAUGGCACACGGAGCCCCUUGGGCCCCAAGAUCGAUGAAGGUUAUAUAUCUCAGGGUCCGAACAAAACACCAGAGAUUCAAGGCAAGGGCAAGGGCGUUGAGUUCAGCCAAGAACCUAAUCUCGGCGGGGUAGAAGAUCCUUUCUACACACCUAAGCAUGCUAGACACAUGAGUGGCCUUUCACAGGGUAUGGGAUCACCCAUGUAUGAUGCAGCCACAGGAGCGGGCAUCGACCGCAUUGAGUCGAAGGAUAUCAUUGCGUUAAUGCAACAUCUAAUGGUGCGCGACGCUCAACGAAGUGCUCGUGACACUGAGAUCCUUGUUACUCUCGUUCGAUCUGCUGCAGAGAUGCGCAACUCGUUCGAAGAUAUUAAGAGAAUGCUGGCCGAUACCGAAGAUGUCAUUAUUACGGAGGUGAAGGAGAACACUGAGAAGACAGUCCAGCGAGCAAUUGGCGGACCACGCCCAUUCCCUGGCAGCGGUGCAAGGUCACUUGCUGGUGGUGCCUCACAAGCUGGCACUGAUGAUCUGCGUGCUAAGAAGCAGAAUCUCUUCCGCCGGGCCCUGAAGGGUCUCAGUGCCAAAGGAGACAAGGACUUGGGUCGUAUUGAGGAAAUGCUCAUGCAACUGCUUACGGAAGUCGACACUCUGAAGGCACAGACUGCUCCUGGAGGUAGUGGAAGCAAUCAGGCCGGUCAGUCCUUCGAGAAUAUCCAGCCUGCCAUUCAGUACGAACAGGACCGAGGCUACGAGCCAGAGGGAAACGCAGGGACAUCGACAGCCAGCCAUGCAAGCCAGUCUGGUCAUCUGUCUAUCCCUCAGUCUCGUGGCCCCUCAACCAAGCUUGGAUAUGAGCGCAAAUUUUCGGAUCACCGGAUCAGCACCGUACCGGAGGCGAACGAGGAUGACGACUACUAUGAAGAGGAUCACAAUGAUACACAUCUCAGCAACCCAGAGAUGCUUCUCGAUCCUGGCCAUAAUGUCCAGCGAGGAAGCUCUGUACCUCUCGGCACACCACCUCAACCCGCUGCUGGUGUGCAAGCAUCCCUCAGCAAUGAGAACACCCCUCGCACAGAGAAGGGUAAGAAACACAAGUCAACUAGCUCCUCUAGCUGGUUCCCUAAGAUCUCUCGGUGGUCCGAGACAACCACCUCCAGCGUUGGCCGGGUGUUCCGUGGCAGCAAGAACAACGACGGGGGUGAUUUCCACAAUCCACCCUCGCGGUCAGGCUCUGACCUCGCAAACUACGAUGACUACGAUCGUACGGACCCUUAUGGCGAAGAUAAGCUCCAUACCGGGUUCUCUCAACCCGAUCUGCAAUAUGAUGAGGAUGGUCAUGCCAGUCCUAUCCAUGAGCAGCCUCCUCCACCUACAACAUAUAUGACACCAGAAGACCCGAAGUAUAAGGCCCAUCGCAACUCGGUCAACCUCAUGCACCCUCAGCCACGACCAGGCCAGACCGAGCGCUUCAGGAAUACCCUGGAGAACCAGGCCCAAGACUUUGAUAGUCCAAUGUCACCCAAAUCAGCCGACUGGGCUGGUUCUGCCACAAGUCUGCACCGCUUUCCUGGACAGAAUACCCAUCGUUACAGCAAUGGCUCCGCCGGCACUGGCGGCAUUGCUGCUGCCGAUGAGCAGUACUACUAUUCAUCUCCUGCGCCAGGAGCCUCUUCCCAAGGCCCGCCAAGACCUCCCAAGGAGCCACUUGAGGGCCAUCGUCAGACUCCUCCUAAGAGCAACAGGAUCUCCAAGUUGCAGAAAGCUAGUCCCCUCCCGUACCAUAGUGUAGAGUCCGGCUACGGGACAGCUACUCAUGGCGCUCCGAGUGCUAGCUACACCGGCAGCCCCAAACUGGAGAACCGCAACUUGAGUGGCGCUCAUCUUGGCGUGCCGACCCGUCGGCCCAGUGGCCCGCGGGCGAUGACGCCGAAGAGUGACAGGAGCGUUGGCGGCCAAGGCGACGAGGCUGAAGCGGACGCGAGACGUAGAAAGAGAGGUAUGCCCAUGCCGUACUCCGGAGUUCUCGGGGCGUACAAGCUCCAGGAUGAUUAUGAUGACUAG